AUGGCAGAUAGCGUGGUUGCGUUCCUUUUGGAACACUUAUCCCAAUUGCUGCAACGCGAAGCUAAUUUGCUGUCUGGAGUGGAAGAUAAAAUCACGUCCCUUCGAAACGAACUCGAAAUCAUAAACAUAUACCUCAAAAUUUCUUCUGAAGGGAAGAAGAACAACCACAAACAGAUUGAACAAAAGGUUUUGAGUCAGAUCAAAGAUGUCUCCUACUUAGCCGAGGAUGUUAUUGACACAUUCAUCACCAAUGUCGCCUUCAACAAGAAGAGAAAUGUGCUGGGAAGAAUGCUUCACAGUGUUGAUCAUGCAAAAUUGCUCCACAACGUAGCAGAAAAAAUUGAUAAGAUCAAAACUAUGCUCAAAGAGAUACAUGAAAACAAGAUCAAAUACUGUGAAGAAAGCAGUGAUCAAUCAACUUCAGCGAGAGAAGAGGAGGAGAGAAUGAAAUCACUUCACAAAUUAAGAAGAAACGUGGAGGAGGAAGAUGUAGUGGGCUUUGUCCAUGAAUCUGAGGUAGUCAUCAAUAGACUCAUAGAGGGUGGUUCGCUGCGACUCAAAGUUGUUUCAAUCAUUGGUAUGGGUGGAUUGGGCAAAACCACCCUUGCAAGAAAAGUCUAUAACAAUGAUGAGGUAAAGAACCAUUUCAAUUGCCGCGCAUGGGUUUAUGUGUCAAAUGAAUGUAGAGCCAGAGAGCUUUUGCUUGAUCUUCUUAAAAAGUUGAUGCCAAAAAAUGAUUAUGAAUGUAGAAGCAGCACCACCAAAAAGGGUAAGAAGAAACACAAGGAAGUUGUGAAUCAAGACAUCUCUAGCUUAAGUGAUGAUGAGCUGAAGGAAAGAGUGCGGGAAUGCUUGAAGUGCAAAAAGUAUCUGCUGGUUCUUGAUGACUUGUGGAAAAUACAAGAUUGGGAUGCGGUAAAAGAUGCUUUUCCGAAUGAAAAUUCAGGAAGCAGAAUACUGAUAACCAGUCGUUUGAAAGAAGUUGCCUCGCAUACCAGUCGAGAUCUUCCUUAUCAUCUUCAGUUUCUCAGCGAAGAACAAAGUUGGGAGCUCUUUUAUAAAAAAGUGUUUAGAGGAGAAGAGUACCCUUGUGAUCUUGAGUCUCUAGGUAAACAAAUUGUUAAAAGUUGCCGCGGUUUGCCACUCUCAAUCGUGGUUCUUGCAGGACUUCUAGCAAAUAAGGAAAAGUCACACAGAGAAUGGUCCAAAGUGUUGGGUCAUGUUAACUGGUAUCUUACCCGAGACGAGACUCAAGUAAAGGAUGUUGUACUUAAACUCAGUUUCGACAACUUACCUUCAAGAUUGAAACCAUGUUUUCUGUAUCUAGGGGUAUUCCCUGAAGAUUCUGAAAUACGUGUAAGGAAAUUGUUGCAACUAUGGAUGGCUGAAGGAUUUAUACAAGAAACUGGAAGUAGAGAUGCAUAUGAUGUUGCGGAAGACUAUUUGUAUGAGCUCAUUGAUCGUAGCUUGAUCCAAGUAGCACGAGUGAAAGGCAGUGGAAGCGUGAAAACAUGCCGCAUCCAUGAUCUUCUCAAAGAUCUCUGCAUAUUAGAGAGCAAAGAGGAUAAGUUCUUUCAGGUUUGCACUGAUAACAACAUUUUAAUCUCUACAAAACCUCGUAGAUUGUCUUUCCAUUCUAGCAUGUCUCAUUAUGUUUCUUUAAACACUGAUGAUCAUUCAUGCGUUCGCUCAAUGUUUUGCUCUGAUCCAACUUGCUUAAUUUCUCCGGAUGAGUGGAAAUGGCUUACCAAAAACAUCAAAUUGGUUCGGGUGUUAAAUCUUGAAGAAAAAUGUUGUUUUAAGAUUCCUUCGAACUUAGGAAACUUCAUUCACUUGAGGUACUUAAGAAUAAACUCAGAAGAUAUUAUAACUGUUCCAAAUUCUAUAUGCAAUCUUCAGAAUCUAGAAACAUUAGACCUUGGAUCUUCCUGGAAUGACACAAUUUAUUUCCCCAUGGGAAUAUUAAAGCUCAAGCAUCUAAGGCAUAUGUACAGUGUUGGGUUUAUGAUGCCACGAGGUCGUUGUUUAGAAUCAAAUGGUGAUGUAAUGUGGAAUCUUCAAACAAUCACUUGCAUUGUACUCAAUAAGAAAACAACAUAUCUCAUAAAGAGAGGAAGUUUCCCCAAACUAAGAAAAUUAGGAUUGUUUAUCUCCUCAUACCUCAAGGGUGAUGUGCCCAAAAUGCUGCUAAGCUUACAACAACUGAAACAUUUGAAUAAGCUAGAAAUCAUGUUUGAAGGGAAAAUUUUGCCAUACUCGCGAUGGAAUAUCAAUAACAAGCCCGCGGAAGUUUUAGAAAGCUUGAAGGACUUGAGCCAUCUGAGUACACUGAAAAUUAUCCAGGCAUGCGAGCUUGUAAAAUGUGUAGUCACGUUUCCUCCCAACAUUACCACGUUAAAAUUGAUAUAUAUUACUUGUUUGAAUGACGAUGGAAUGAAUGCCAUUGGAAAUCUCACCAAACUUCGAAGGUUGUUCUUAGCUGGAGAAACAUGGUUGCUUGCAUACGGUGUUUUUGAGUAUCAAUGUUCGAUUUUUGAUCUUAGUUGCGGUGAAGAUGGGUUCCCACAGCUGCAGGAGUUUCAUAUGAAAGAUUUACCUAUCCGAAGCUGGAAGUUAGGUAAUGGUUCAAUGUCACGCCUUCAAAUCCUUCAUAUUGAUCAAUGUUAUAAGUUGAAUAGCCUCCCAAGUGAGCUAUGGUCUUUGACUACCUUAACAAAAGUACAUGUUCGGAAUCCUUCCAAUGGAAUGGCUGCAAUGCUACACAAUUUGGAAGUUAAGAAUGGACGUGAAAUCAUUGUAGAGUAA